CUUGUAGAUGAACAUCAAAGUAACAGUAAGCAGGACGGGAAGUCCCGAUAAGGUAGACUUGACCUUAACAUCCGGGUCAUCAGUCACUCGUGACUGGAUGUGAGUGUUUACACAGAGAAGGAACAGCGAGGUGUCAUAAAGAUCCAGCAGAACACAAUUUAGCAAAAUGGUUGAUUUCAUCUCCCCAGAAAGACCUCUGUAGUGGCUGCCUCCUACAGGUUUGGUCCUGUGUAGGGAGACCACAGCCAUGUCUAGUCACCUGCCACCCGUUUCACAACAGGGUGAUCGUCCUAGUGGGGCAGGUGAUGAUGGAGACGAUGCCAGUGCGAUGACAGGAGCUCGUAGAGACGGUGGAGGUCGUGUGAGAGUUUACCUGCACGCCGUGACUGAUAAACAAGUUUAUUUCUUCACUGACAACAGAAACAAUCACCCAUUCCAAGAGGUCAAGAAUGUGACAGGGGCUGAUGUAGAGUUGGACCAGAAUCCCUCACCUGUACCAGGGAUAAAGAUUGUCCUCAUUCGUGGUCUUCCUUCUCAGAUCGAGGCUGCAGUCAGAUUCAUCAGUGAGAAGACUGGCGUUAGGGAGACCAUCUCAGACCAGGCCCAGAAAUUCUGGCUCCAGUGGGUUGAGGCCGCCUUCCCUGACCUCGAGUCACGCGCCUACUUCCUGCCUCCUGUCUACGUCAACCGCGUGCCGAUGACUAGACAGUCAGUUGCUGGUCAGGAUGUUCUGGUUCUUCAGUCAGCACCUGGACAGGCCGGUCAGUCUUAUCAGGGGACAACAGCUUCAUCUGAUGUCCCUCAAGGCUUAAUUCUUCAGCCUCCUGCUGUUUAUGACAGUGAUAUCAGAGACGAUGCAGCCAUGCAGCGAGUACUCAUCUGUCUACAGACAAUGUUUGAGCAAAAGAAAGAAGCUGUGGUUGGAAUAAACCAGCUGAGGUUCGGACAGUACCUUGGUGAACCUUGUUACUUUGCUGCGACCGCUCAGCUCCCUCUUUCCAAAAGUUUACCUAAGGCUUCGUUAAGAGACAGACAGGGAGACUUUGAUAUACUUCUUAUCCACAGAACCUACGGUCUUGUGGUCUGUGAAGUGAAGUCUUUUGGAGAAAACGUGAAAAACUGUGAAAUGUCACAUCAUGAAAUGUUACUCAACAUUAGGAAGAGACUUUCACUGGCUGUAAUAUCUUUAGACAAGGCGGAGGCCAUGUUGUCUCACCUGGUGUCCGACAUCGCUCCCGGUCUGCGCAUCACUAAGACCAUCGGCGUCCCUAAUCUCACAGCAGGUCAGGUACAACAGGCUUUAGAUGACGACCCCCAGCUCACUCAGGACCUGUGUCGGUGUCUUGGAACAACAGACCCCGCUGCCAUCGCAGGUCUGUGUCUGUGCUGUGAUCAGUUGUCUGACCCCAAGAUCCCGAGUGACGUCAGUAGUCACGUGCUGAGGGAACUCGGACACUGGUGGCAGCGACGUGUGGCUGGGGCUGGACCUGACAGUCACAUGACACCUGGGGUGUACAAGACACUGGUAGCCAGGUGAGUCUAUUUACCUGAUGUAAAGUAACAUUCACAUAUUUGUGAAAGCUGAAUAAUUAAGCGUCAAUUGAAUCUUCUUUCAGUCAGAGAUAAUUCUUGAUUAAAGGACAUUAAAGUGACACAGUAAUAAAAAGUUUAUUUUUCGCCAAGCUUCUCG